GCUUCACAGCUCAAUUUGGUCUAGAAACGAACAGAACCAGCUCAACCACCACUUAAAGAUCUUUUGAAAAUUUUACUUGCGAGAACCGACUAUGGUAAAGUUGGGCCAAAUUUUGUUCAUUCUCUCAGCGCUGACAAGUUGGUGUGCGCUCAGUUCUGCAUCGACAUGCCUUGCUGUGGAGGAGGCGUACGGAGCAGUGGUCAACCAGCUACACCCCGGGCAACAGCACUCGCUUCUGGGCGAGGAGUCGCUCGCCGCUCUCUUUAAUACACUGGAGAACCGUGUGCAAUGUGGAAAAGUGCCGUGUGGAAAGUGCAACCUACUCGACGCUGUUCACCAGCUGAUCCACAAUCACAGUGACCAUCGUCAGGCAGGCGUCGAGGAAGUCCUCAGUGUAGACGCGUCGGAAUUCACCGCCCUCGCCGCUGGCUGCGUUCUGUACCUGUCCUCUCCUGACACGGUGUGCGCCGCGGCGGACCAGGGAAGGUGGGGGCAGGAGGUGGAACACUUCCUGCAUGGAAUCACAAGCGGGAAUUCCCAUGAACAUUACCAUGAGGACGAGGCAGACCACGCAGGGGAGGGGGAGUCAUGCGACGGGCAUGAACAUCCACAUGUGGCCCUUCGUGGAUUAGAAAGUGUGCUCAGCGCAUUUCUCAAGCACUAUGCGUCAUCAGACAUUGAGAACUGCAUCACAUCGAGCGACAUCAUGUUGGAGGUGGAGCAGACCCAAGUGGCUGGUGCAGUUCUGGGCCGGGUCUUGUAUCACGCCCUGCGAGGUCGAUGCUUUCAAACACUCCCCGAAGAAGGUUUCUUCCUGGAUUACAUCGUGCACCUGGGCUCGGAGAAUUUUACCAUCGCAGACUUGGAGGCGCUCAUGGCUUCUCUAAACAUUGGACCCGAGCUGGAGUCCGACCACGGGCACGACGAACACGAGCAUCACGAUCACGGCAAGCAACUCAGGCAUUCUGAAAUGAACGGCACCUGGGAGGAGCACUGUUUCUCUGCGCACGAGCUGGUACAGAUCCACAACCUGACUGUGGACUCCCCCAACCUGGGUCGCUCUGACCUGGCUCGUCUUAGCCCGGCGCUAAUCCAGCAGAUCCUGAGCGGGGCCUGCGCUGGCUCGCGCCCGACGAAACCAGACGAGCUCAGCAAAACGGAGAGGUACCUGUACGCGACCCUGGCCAACGUGAUCAUCACGUUGAUGUCCAUGUUCGGGAUCGUGUUGCUGCUGUGCACGUCGUGCACCAGCGUCUUCCAGCUGUGCAUCCAGUUCUGCAUCAGCCUGGCUGUGGGCUCGCUCACGGGGGACGCCUUGCUGCAUCUGCUGCCCAUGUUUCUGGGGCUGCACGUGCACACGCACGAAGUCGGCCACCACUCUGAGCUUUCGGAUUACGUCUACAAGAUGUUGGUGGUGCUGGGUGGGAUCUACUACUUCUAUCUGAUGGAAACCAUCUUCAAUAUUGUCACGCACGGACAUCACCACCAUGGGGAUGAAUCUGAACCUCACCACUGCGACCAUGGCCGGGUUCUAGAGCUGUAUCAGGAGGAGAGUAAACACAAACACAAAAUGAACUCAACUUCCAAAACAGACCUGGUGAAAGAGGAGGAGGAGGAAGAAAAAUAUCUUCACAUGUCCAGAGAGAGGACCAGAGAACAUCGGUUGCUGCCUUACAUGAUCACUAUAGGGGACGGCAUCCACAACUUUGCAGACGGCCUGGCGAUGGGCGCCGCCUUCUCGCUUUCGUGGAAAUCUGGACUCGCCACGACGCUGGCCGUCCUCUGCCACGAGCUGCCCCACGAACUAGGCGAUUUUGCCAUCUUGCUCAACUGCGGCCUGUCGGUACGCAAGGCACUGCUUUUGAAUAUCGUCAGCGCCUUGACGUCCUUCGUGGGCCUUUAUAUCGCCUUGAGCGUGGCGACCGACGUGGCCACCACGCAGUGGAUCGCCGCUGUCACCACGGGCCUGUUUCUCUACGUGGGCUUGGCUGACAUGCUGCCCACUAUGAUGCACAUCAAGUCCAAGAGGCCGUGGCUGAUGUUCGCCCUGCAGAACGUUGGCUUGCUGUGCGGUUGGGCCAUCCUCCUGCUGCUGUCCGUCUACGAGGAGAGCAUCAGCUUCUAGAGGCCUCGGCCCUACUUUGGACUUGACACUUGUCGUUGUUCUAGGAUGUUAAAUGUCAGACAAGUCUAGGUACACAAAUGAGUGAAAUGAAAACACAGUUGGCUUUACAUACGAGCGACUCGUUCAAUGGACAAAUGGAUUCAAGUAACUGAAACAGGACUUUGACUGAACACAACUCCACGCACAAGCUGACUGUUGAACAUGCAAUUUCUUCCGAGCCACAUGACAGCAUGCUUAAGUCAUCUUACUUUUGAUUGUAAAAUCCACAAAUGUUCAAAUGUUGUGUAAUUUUGCACAGUUGGGGUAUUUUUGUGUUUGAGUUUAUGAGGGCGGCACAAGACCAACAAAUAGUGUAAAAAUAUGAGUUUACUUUGGCUCAACAAAACAUUUUCAGUGUGCAGCAAAAACAUCU